GUUGGACUAGCUGUAGCAUUUUGAUUCCGAGAGAUCUACGGGAAAUGAGUCGAUAUGGAUGCUUCAUAUUCCGAUGAGUAUGACAGUGAGCUAUAUGCCGAUAUCCAACGGUAUUUAGGAGAAUUCCAACUUAAUGUACUGCCAGAACGAUCUAGUUCCCCGGCAGAAGCUGCUGCAGCAGCACAGGCUGCCAUCGCGACCGCAAACGCCCCCUCCUCUUCAUUCAUUACCGUGUUCAGAAAGAAAUCGUUGGAAGAGCUCAAGAUUCUGACUCAGCCCCGAAGUAUGAACAUUUACGAACACAAUCUAGAAACCCCAGAAUUAGAUCGAUCAGAUCCUACCAAGUCAAAGAGUAGUUGUGGAAGGUGUCGACAGCUUAAAAAGAAGUGCAGCAGAGAGCUUCCGGAAUGCAGCAGCUGUCAGAGUUCUGAUAAACUUUGUGUAUACAUUCCAAGGAAAGGUACGAGUCUGAAAUCAAGAGAAACCUCACCAUCCAAUUCCAUAUCUGCCUCACCAACAUCUCCAACUAAGAGCAACAGUACUGCGAUCAAAAGAUCAAGCUCAACAUCAUCCCAAUCAAAAAAACAGAGGUCUGAUUCCAUGUCAAAUUCUUGUACUUCAUCUACCACGUCGUCCCCAACAUCUAUUCAUCCUUCAACUCAUCGACUUUCUACUUCAAGUUAUUCAAGUUUAAACUUGAAAAGUUUGAACAACCCUAUCCCUCAGUUGCCUCGUGUACAACGGAAUUCUGUCUCGAUACCAAUGAUGCCAAUACUAUCAACAUUUUCAAUGCCAUCUUCAUCCUCUUCUACAGUAUCUGCGUUGCCCACUCUGUCCUCGUCGCCGUCGUCAUUGUCCUCGAAUUCAGCGUCAUUUUCGUCUACAUCCUCGAUGCUGUCUGCAUUCCAUUUCCCACCACUAGAAAAUGUGGUUCAUUUACCGCCCAUUGAAGAUCUCAUUCAAGGAAUUCCCUCCAGGCCUGGUGCCCAGAGAAACCGAUACUCGAUGCCUAAUAUUCUCGAGAAGCCAUCAUCGUAUAUAAAACGUGAUAUAUAA